AUGUAUCUGGCCUCCUACAACUUCAACACUGCCAACAUCAGCCAAGCAAAAGCAAGCAGAGUCAUGGAGUUUACGUUUAUUGACAAUAAUCAAGGCAUUGACAGCGGCACACGGACUUUGAUCCGCCAUCGCGCUGCAAAGGGGUGGAACCUUGGACGCAAGAUUAAUCGGCCAUCGCGUGUAAAAGCGCUUGAGCGCCGAGUUCCGAAAGAGACACCUACUGCUGCUGGGGUUAAGGCUGCAUCUGCAAAGACGCUCCCUGAAAGCGGCAAAGAGGACUCGCCUCCUCGCAGAGAAACUAGGGGAGUGCUCCCGCCGGUUGAGCCUGUGAUAGGUGACAGCGUAUCUAUCUUAAGUCUACCUAUCGACGUAGCUCAGAAAGACAGGGUGCUCUUGUACGAUGCUGUAGCUUUCAUGAGAUCUCCGCGAUGCGCACCGACUUUGAGCAAAGCUCUUGCUCACACCAAGCAUGUCUUCCGUCUAAUUAAUGAGCGAAUAUCUCGCGGCGAACGAGUUUCUUAUCCCACAAUGGUCGUAGUCAUGAGCCUAUCAACAUAUGAGUCCACCCGUGGUCGCUACGACCGCGGCAUAAUCCACCUCUCGGGUCUUCAUCGAAUGAUCGAGAUGCAAGGCGGCAUGGGCCGCGUUGGCUUAGAAAAGCCUGAAAUUAUGCAAAAGAUAUAUCGGGCCGAUCUUGACUAUGCGCUUCGACUUGGAUCGUCUCCUACACUGGAUAUAGAACUCUUUGAGAAUACAAAGACUAUGGAGAGAUUGACUUUAUCUCCCACUCCUGAUCUAAAUAUACCUUCUGCUAUAUCUAGCCAGAGAUUUAGACAACAGUUUGGUACCGAGCUUUGUGGCCUUUGGGAUAAUGUGGUUGCUCUAUCUUCGCUUGUCAAUGAGGCGAGCGCCGGGAAACGUUCAAAGUUGUCCACGGUAGAGUUUUUAAGAAGUCACAUCUGGCUCGGCCAUAAACUUCUCAAAUAUGCUCCGUUGAGCUCGUCGCGUUCACUGAAUCGUAUCCAAAACAUGGCCCAUUUAGGUCUCUUGACGAUAAUCAGCUCCUUUUUAUGCGGCCUCGAUCGUCGCGUGACAGAAAACUCUAUCCUGUCUCAAAUGAUCCGCAAAGAAGCUAGCCUAGAGCAAAAUGAUGAGGAUCAAGAACUUCUUUUAUGGCUGUUAUUUUUGGGGGCGGCUGUUAUUCUACAGGAUCACAGCCAUGAUGCCUGGCUCAUCCCAAAGACUUGGGAAACAAUGCAAAAACUACAAGUAAACACUUGGAGCGAGGUUAUGGGAGUUCUUUCAAGAUUCCCUUGGAUCAAUGAUUUUUAUGAAAAGGAGGGCUUGGCACUAUACUACAGAGUCUCUCACUACGGAGAGGUUCAGUUGGCUUUAUAA